ACGUACAGCAUGCGCGCCUCGUGCAUUAGCCUACUAUUGAAGCUGCCGUUAUGCUUUUGGCCUGAGGGGGGCAAUCGCGAGCACACAAAUUCAAAAGUCCGUAAAGUCCCUUUAAGCAGCUGUUUUACAAACACGAGGUCAUUUAAGGGCAUUUCUUAUUAUUGUGAUAUUUGUGAACUAAAACACCAGACAGAAAAGACAGCUUGUCCUCAACAGCAGUUCAUUCGAGUAGUUUAACAAACAGCUGAGAUAAACCGGCAUCUCCAACUUUCAGUUUCUCUCUUCAGCACCAAACCCUAACCCUUAAAGGAACAGUAGCAUCACUGACUAUAACCCUUAUGAACCAUUACAGCAUUUAUUAUCAUAUCUAUUCUGGUGUUUCAUAGUAAUUAAUUAUAAUUAUAUGGUGAUCUCUAAUAAUCUCCUGAUAAAUUCUGUAGGUUUGUUUUCUGGGCACAGGGACUGUUUAAUCCUCAUUUUCUGAAUUUUUCAGAUAAUCACACUGAUGGUUCUUUAAAUUAUUUCAACAGAUCAUUGCCACAAUAAAAUAUGUAUAAUAUGUAAAGGUCAGAGGCCACUAGAGGUCACCCACUGUUAACGGACAUUGUCCUACGUGGAUGAAAAAUGUCCUGCGUGAGACAUUCCCAGGUCCCAGGUCUGCCAGUGUAGCAGGCGUGGCUCAAAGGUUUUCACAAGUACAAGUCUGUGAGUCAGUCACCAACUUCUUGAUGUAACUCGGUAUGAGUCACGGUCGUCUUCCCCCCCCCAUCACUCAUGUUUCUCCAAUCCUUUAAUCCUCUGUAGUGAGAUAGGUAAUCUGCUAAUCGGCCUGCUGCUGUGGCUGAGCUGGGAUAGUGAGUCCUGUGAGGUGUGUUGUUGAACUUUGCUCCUGACAGUAGAGUCAUCUGACAUGCUGUUUCCUGUGAGAAUGAGUGAAUAAGAUAGAAAUCAUGUCUGAGGGGGACACGGAAGUUAAAAAGGAAACAAAAACUGAGCCAAACCCGACUGCUGCACCUUCCAAGAGGAAGUCUGGAAAUGUCGCAAACCUGGUCAACAGGAUGAGCACCAUCCUUCCAACUGGUGGCUUUCAACCUGUUCCACCAGCAGCGUCCAACAAGCCAAAGAAAAGGCGGUGCAAAGUGCUUUUUGACUAUCAACCUUUUAAUGAAGACGAACUGGAGCUCAAAGUUGGAGACGUCGUAGACAUCGUUGAAGAGGUUGAAGAGGGCUGGUGGAGCGGCAGCUUGAAAGGCAAAUCAGGACUGUUUCCUUCCAACUUUGUUGAAGAACUGGAGAUCGCAGGAGAGGAGGCAGAGCCCAAUAGCCCCUCAGUUAAUGUGACGGAUGGAAGUCCACCAAAGGUAGUCACCACUCCCACGUCUCCUUCACCAGCGUCAGGGAACAGUGCCAUUUGUCAGCCCACAAAGGUGCCACGCAUUGGCUUUGGAGACAUCUUCAAAAAUCAGUCAUUCCAACUAAAAAGCACCCAAAAAGAAGAGAAAGACCAACAAGCCUCAUCGUCAUCAUCGGCUGCAAAGCCCGCUCAUCCCCACAUGGCUGACCCACAGAAGGAGGAGGGAGAUGGCAAACACAAAGAUGCCAGCCUUUUGGUUUCUUCAGCAAAAGACUUCUGUAAGGUCACAUUUGCUUAUGAGGCCAAGAACGAGGAUGAGCUGAGCCUCAAGGAGGGAGACAUCGUCCACAUCCUGGACAAGGACACAGGAGAGUCCGGCUGGUGGCGAGGAGAGGUGGGAGGGCAUCAAGGCUUCUUUCCCAACAACUUUGUCGUCCUGGUUCCUGAGGCAGAGAAAGAAACGCCACCAUCUAGAGGCUCGUUGAAAUCCUCUCAGAAGUCUGACUCGAUUCAGAAACAGAGUAAACCACCUCCACCAUCCAAACCCCCUGCUCCCAAGCCAGAUGUCCCAAGUGUCGACAAGAAGCCUCAUUCAGUCAAGCUACAGGAUAAAGAUGACAAGACUACUACGGAUGGUAAACCUUUGAAGCCCCUGCCACCAUCAGUACCACGCAAGAAGCCUGUCCCUGUUCCACCCAAAAAGCCUGAAAAGCCUCUCGCUUCCUCGUCAAGUUUCAAGCAAAAUGGCGAGUUACCAUCCAGCAGACCAAAGCCUGACACAGAGCCUGUAUUGCCCGUCGUACCUAAAGUAGAACCAGUGGACAAACCUGCAGAUUCAGAUCUGAAGCUUUUUGACGAGUUGUCCCUUACGUCCGAUAAGCUCCCCCACCCAACUGCUGGCAGACCAAAGUUUCACGGUCGGAGGCUCCCUGCCCACUUUACGCAGUCGCCUUCCAGAGAUGUGAACUUUGAGAAGGCCUUAAAGGAUGAUAAAGAAGAUGGGGGCAUAACAAAGCCCACAGGAGCCAAAAGGCCUUCCAUCAACAGCUCAUCACCACCACUUGCCAGGCCCACGAACACGAAGCCAACCCCAACGGUGGCCUCAAGUGUAGAUGGCGACGUCUUGGGGAGCAGCAAAGCCCAACUGGAACCCUCGGAGACGAGCUCCCAGCUGGACGAGCUCAGGAGCCAGAUAAAGGAGCUGCUGCUGUCUGUGGAGCUGCUCAAAACCCAGCAAACGAAAGAAAUUUCGGACCUGCGAGGAGAGCUGGAGGAGGAGCGACUAAAGCGUGUGACUCUGCAGAUGGAGGUAGAGGAUCUAAAGCGGACCAUCCACUUAACGUGAAGCAUGGAGCCUAGUCUACAGCAAGCCUCAAGGCCAGUCAGCCCCCAGUCCAUUUGGAGUGGAUGAGAAGGGCCAUGGGCGGGUGGUUGAACUGACUAGGAGGACUAGGUGGUGACUCACAAACCACCCUCACUACAACCCUUCAGCAAUCUAUGAGAAGAAACUUUCUAUAUUUGUAAGAUUUACAUUUUGCACACAUUUUAUUUUAAAGCUAAGUGUAUUUAGUUACAGAUGAAUGUUUCUCUCAUCUGUUUAAAAAUGUUGCCAACGUAAAAGCCAACAAACUGAGGCCUUACUGAGCUCCUGUGGCGGAAGGCUCUGGCUCUCCUGCCUUCUGCCCUUCACGCGGGUGUUUUUCUGGUCCUCCGGGACAAGGAUCACUCUCAGUACUACUGACUUUGAGCAAAGCAGCGGGUGCUGGUUUUCCUCACCUAACUUCCACUCAUGAUUUUAUGAAGCACAGAUGUUUGAUUUUAAACCCUACAAGACUGUAAGAUGAUGAUUUGUGUUCUGGGAUGUAUUUGAUUGUUGUUGCGGCUGCCUCUUCAUAGCUGCUUUGAUUAGUUUUUUAUAUGUUUUCUAACAUUCCUGUUCAGGGUAACACUAUGGUGCCUGUUUAAAAACUAAAGACAAAUCUAUUAAAUGUAUCUAAUGGGAUCUGGAAUUUGUACAGCAUGAUGAUGAAUAUCUAUAUUUUUAAAUCUACUGACAUGACAAUAAGUAGGAAUGUGCCCAGAGAGCUAACACACAGUCCUAAUGAUGUGUGUGUAUGGGGGGGGGGGGGGGGGGCUCGUUACAAUCAUCUCUCUUCAGCGUGGCCUCUGCCCUGCUCUUCACCCCUGCUCCUCUAAUCCAUUUCUGAUUCAGGGUUAUGACAUGAUCCAAGGAGCCUACCUGUAAGCAAACCAUGAAGCAGCAAUACGUUAAAUAAACUUGUGAUGAAAUCAUCCUGUAUGAGGUUUUGGUGGCAUUGACUGUUCAAACACGAAAAGACUGACCCCAACUCUCUGGAGCUGAAUCAGCAGUUCAGACGGUCCAGGACACGCUUGGUUUUAGAGGUCUUGAUGCUGGACCAGGGAUCUUCAACACUAGGAGACUUCAGCACAAACAUAAUUCAUUGAGUAUUUUUAAAGCGGUGGAUCACUUAUGGGUUUAAACGUGUUUGUACGUGUUGGUGUUGACCUUAGAUGUUUUUUUUUUCUUCUUUUGGGAUAAAAACAAAAUCUUGCUUCUGAAAAGUUUACCAUUUACAUUUCUGAAACAGGACGUCCAACUCCAACUCCGUUGUUUCAGUCAGGCACUUCCCAGGGUUCUGUUUCUUAUCCUGAUCUUCACAAAGUCGAUGUGAGUCCCCACUUUUCAGUGUAGCUCCCCUCAACUAAGAUCUUUGAGGAAUGUGAUGGAUUUUUGGAGCAGAUGGCAACCACACUUUGUUGAGUAGAAGAGCUUAAGUUGCUAAUAAUUUCAGAUUAAAAUUAAACAAGAAAUUUUACACAUUUUAUUUGAAGUUUUAGCAAACGCAGAAUUUGACUGCAGACCAAUUCAGUUAGCCAAGCGAGGUGCAGCAGUGGCAGUUGCCGAGGCUAAAUCUCGGGUGUGGGAGGAGUUUGGUGAGGCCAUGGAGAAAGACUAUCGAUCGGCUCCAAAGAGGUUCUGGCAAACUGUCCAGCGCCUCAGGAGAGGAAGGCAGCAACUCGCUCACACUGUUUACAGUGGGGAUGGGGAGCUGCUGACGUCAACUGGAGCUAUAUUUGGACGGUGGAAGGAAUACUUUGAAGAGCUCCUCAAUCCCACCUACGCGCAUUCCGAGGAGGAACCAGAGCUGGGAGGCCUGGGGAUGGACUGUCCAAUCUCGGGGGCAGAAGUUGCUGAGGUAGUCAAACAACUACACAGCGGCAGGGCCCCCGGGGCGGAUGAGGUUCGUCCUGGGUAUCUCAAGGCUAUGGAUGUUGUAGGGCUGUCAUGGUUGACACGUCUCUGCAACAUUGCGUGGUCAUCGGGGGCAGUUCCUGUGGAGUGGCAGACCGGGGUGGCGGUCCCCAUCUUUAAGAAGGGUGACCUGAGGGUGUGUUCCAACUAUAGGGGGAUCACACUCCUCAGCCUCCCUGGAAAGGUCUACGCCAAGGUACUGGAGGGAGGGUCCGAUCUAUAGUUGAAUCUCAGAUUGAGGAGGAGCAAUGUGGUUUUCGUCCUGGCCGUGGAACUGUGGACCAGCUCUAUACCCUUGCAAGGGUGAUGGAGGGGGCAUGGGAGUUUGCCCAACCAAUCCACAUGUGUUUUAUGGAUUUGGAGAAGGCUUAUGACCGUGUCCCCAGGGGCACCCUGUGGGGGACGCUUCAGGAGUAUGGGGUGGGUGGCUUUCUGUUAAGGGCCGUUCAGUCCCUUUACCAGAGGAGCGUAAGUUUGGUCCACAUAGCUGGUAGUAAGUCGGACCUGUUCCCGGUGAGGGUUGGACUACGCCAGGGCUGCCCUUUGUCACCGGUUCUGUUCAUUACCUUUAUGGACAGAAUUUCUAGGCGCAGCCGUGGUGUGGAGUGUGUCGAGUUUGGUGGCAGGAGAAUCUCGUCUCUGCUUUUUGCGGAUGAUGUGGUCCUUCUAGCUUCAUCCAGCUCUGACCUUCAGCUCUUGCUGGAUAGGUUCGCGGCCGAGUGUGAAGCGGCUGGGAUGAGUAUCAGCACCUCCAAAUCUGAGACCAUGGUUCUCGAUCGGAUAGGGUGGCUUGCCAACUCCGGGUCGGAGGAGAGGUCCUACCUUAAGUGGAGGAGUUUAAGUAUCUCGAGGUCUUGUUCACGAGUGAGGGUAGGAGGGAUCGGUAGAUCGACAGGCGGAUUGGUUCGGCGUCUACAGUGAUGCGGACGCUGAGCCGAUCUGUCGAGGUGAAGAGGGAGCUGAGCCAGAAAGCCAGGCUCUCGAUUUACCGGUCGAUCUACGUCCCAAUCCUCACCUAUGGUCAUGAGCUUUGGGUAAUGACCGAAAGAACGAGAUCGCGGAUACAAGCGGCCGAAAUGAGUUUCCUCCGUAGGGUGGCCGGGCUCAGCCAUCGAGAUAGGGUGAGGAGCUCGGACAUUUGGGAGGGCCUCGGAGUAGAACCGCUGCUCCUCUGGGUCGAAAGGAGUUUGUUGAGGUGGUUUGGGCAUCUGGUCAGGAUGCCUCCUAACCCUAACCCCGGGGAGGUGUUUCGGGCAUGUCCUGCUGGCAGGAGGCCCCCGGGUUGACCCAGGACACGUUGGAGAAGUUACAUCUCCAAUCUGGUCCGGGAACGCCUUGGGGUCCUGCCGGAGGAGCUGGUGGAGGUGGCCGGGGAGAGGACGGUCUGGAGCUCCCUAGUUGGGAUGCUGCUCCCGCGACCCGGACCCGGAUAAGCGGAGGAAGACGACGACGACCAAUUCAUUUUAAUUCUAAUGGAAAAUUGUCAAGUUGCUAAUGUUACUCAGGCCAUUGAGAUACUGGCUUGAGUAACAUUUAGGGAUUCAUUCUGCACUCAAUUCUUCAUCCAAGCACGCAUUUGAUUUAGAGAAGACCUAAACUACUUUAAACAUUAAUAAUUAUCCUAAUUUUUAAAGUAAAGGUUCUUAUUUGACCUUUCUGACGCCAAAUCCCCACAAAGCCAGCGUCGGCUGUAUUCACUAAACCGUUGAAACUGCUGUUUUUAAGCUAAAUGGGAGAUUAUUUGGAAGUCUAACACAAAUCAUUUGCUGUGAAAUGUUCCGAUCCAACAUGAAGGCCGUGUGAGCUGAAGACGUUUAGAUUCUCAGUGGAAGGGGGUUCUUUUCCAAAUCAAAUGUUUUAAUUGUGUAUCUGUGGAAUUGUUCUCCUGGUUGUACUUAUCAAUCACAGAUGUCUUAAAUGUAAUUUCACAUCGCUUACUUCAGAAUUUAUUUGCUGAUUCUGAGCUCCAGAUUGCUUUGAGGGCCCAGAAUGACCGACUUUUGUCGGAGGAUUUUUGUUUUCUCUAAGCUAAGCUGGAGAAGAUUCGAUCAGUUUGCUGAGAAGAGGGAGCAAAAUGUUUUGCAGGGGGAUCGUGGCUUUGUGUAGCGUUUGCUUUGAGCCCUAACUUCCACAUAUUAUACAUCCCAUUGUUUCACACAAGGAAAGAAGGAAUCUACACAUUUAUCUGACAUGAUUUUGUUUACAGGAGCUGUAUCUUUGCAUGAGCUAAGACGUGAAUAAAUAUCUAUAUAUUCUGUC